AUGUCGUACGCUCCUCCUUACGGCGAUCCUUACGCUCGUCCUCCUUCAGAUCGUCCACCAUACGACCCCUACGGGCGCCCACCUGCUGAUCCUUACGCGCGCCCUCCCCAAGAUGGAUAUGACCGCCCUCCCUACGACGGUGGUCGCCCAGCAUACGAUCGUGGCCCAUACAGUGCACCCCCGCCUCUAGCUCGUCCUCCUCCAGGGCCCCCGCCUCCCCUGCCCCAGGGCUGGGUCCAGGAAUGGGAGCCCAGUGCCCGUCGCGCAUUCUACGUAGAACAGGCUACUGGUCGCUCUCAGUGGGAGGCGCCUUACCAGCAGCCCGCUUACUCUGGUUACAAUGAUGGAUCUCGCAGCGCACCUCCUCCCGAGCCCCAGGGUGGCUACUAUGCGCCUCCCCAGGGCCCUCCACCGGUGCCUUACAAUAAUAGUGGCCCUGCCUACUAUCAACAGCCCGAGCCUGAGAAGAAGAGCAGCAACGCUGGGAAGUAUCUCGCAGCUGGCGCAGCUGGGUUGGCUCUAGGUGGUCUUGGCGGUGCUUUGAUUGCACAUGAGCUUGACGAGGAUUCCGAAAAGUCAGAUCGCGAAGAUGCUUACGAGCAGGGUCGUCGCGAUGAAGAGGUGUAUGAGUCAGAUAAUGGAGAUGGUGGUUGGUGA